ACACUGAAUCAACAAUAAAUAACACCAGUAUGAGUAUUAGCGAUUGUUACAGUACUGGUGUAUUCCCAUUUGGUGAUAAUCCGGCAGUACAUCAGUUAACACCGACCAAACCUAUCAUUGAUAUCAUAGAUGACCCAAGGAAUAUAUGCCAUGGUGGUUACUUUGUGCAAGGAAUAACCAUUCAGUGGUUACCUCCUGCAGAUGCAAGCAUCUUUGCAUUGAGGGGAUUUCAAGUUCGAGUUACUGCCAUGAAUUACGGAAAUGUUGGGAAUUACCCUGUGAUGUGCAAGAAUAUCAUUUUCAGUGAAGAUACAGUACUUCAUCAACCACUAAACAUGCAUGAUACCUACAAGUUGGAUUGCCUACAUGAUAUCACAUUAAACCAACAAUUUCAUAUUGAAGUUCAAAGUCUUCCUAAAUCAAUGCCGGAUGCACAAGAUGAUAAUACUGAUGACUAUAUUUAUCAUUCUCCAAGCUGUAAUGAAAUGCCUCAACUGUGUGCGCAUGGAGAGUUACGAGAUUAUAUUCCUCCACAUCCACCAAUCGUAACAUUAUUUGGAUAUGAUAAUGUCAAAGUCGCAUUUACAACAUUUCCAUCGCAAUAUAAAGUACUCAGAUAUCGUGUAACGCUACAUCCUGUCUCUGGAACUACUGAGUCCAAAAAUAUACAAAUUGUGUCUGUUUGUAAAGAUGAUAAAUUCUACCAGACACAAUUCCACGACGUGAAAGCAGGAACUUACGAAGCGUGGGUAAAAGCAGAUAAUUGUACAGACUGUCUUGAAAUAUCUAGUUUUAAAUUCAAUGUCUCAGAAUGGCGGACACAAGUCUCUCUGAUAAUUGGCAGCAAUGAUGUUAAAGUGGAUUUCACUGAAGCAGUACUUGAUCAUAAUCAUAAUGCUGGUAACUAUACAGUGAAGUUAGAAGGCAGUUCUAGCCUGACAACAGUAGUCAAGGAGUCGCCUGCAGUCUUCACUAACUUAGCAUCAGGAACCUACAAAGGAUCUGUAAGUAAUAUCCUUUCUAACAGAAAUCAUUGCAAUCAAUAG